UUCCACUCAUUCAUUCAUUCAAACUACUGUAGUAGUAACAGUGGCGCUGCUCUGUUUACGUUGAUCCAGGCAAAUCUCAUUAAUUAAUCUAACGGAUUUAAAAAUAAAACUUAUAUAAUGGGUAAAAAAGAGAAAAAUAUUACUGUAGAAACUAAAAAGUUAUAUUCUGAUGAUCCAGGAUUAGAAGUAACGAUUGAAAGAGAAGUAAAUGAAAAACCACGUGUUGCUUGGGAUUCUAAAUUACAAUAUUUUUUUAUGGUUAUAUCCUACGCUGUUGGAUUAGGAAAUGUCUGGAGAUUUCCUUACCUCUGUCAAAGAAAUGGAGGAGGAGCAUUUCUCAUCCCUUACCUCAUUAUGUUGUUCAUCGAAGGAAUGCCACUACUUUACCUCGAAUUUGCCGUCGGACAGCACUUCCGGCGAGGCAGCAUCGGCGUUUGGACGAAAGUUCAUCCUUAUCUCGCUGGCAUUGGCGUUGCCAGCGCUGUGACAUCAUUUAUGGUGGGCAUAUAUUACAAUGCCAUUAUAAUGUGGUGCUUUUAUUAUGUUGCCAACUCCUUCCAAUAUCCACUACCGUGGUCCGACUGUGAACGAAUUAACGGUACAAUAAAAGAUAUAGAGUGCGAAAAAGGAGGACCGACUUCGUACUUUUGGUACAGACAAGCUUUAGACAUUUCGCCAGGAAUCGACGAGAGUGAUGGCAUCAAAUGGAAAAUGUUACUAUGUCUGCUGUUUGCCUGGGCAGUUAUUUAUGCCUGUAUAUGGAAAGGCAUAAAGUCCUCAGGCAAGGUUGUUUAUGUUACAGCUACGUUUCCGUAUAUAGUACUUAUCAUAUUUUUUGGACGUGGUAUAACUUUAAGAGGAGCUACGGAUGGCCUGUUGCAUCUAUUUACUCCAAAGAUUGAAAGACUUGGAGAUCCACAAGUGUGGCUCGAUGCCGCUACACAGAUCUUUUAUUCAUUCGGUUUAGGAUUCGGGGGACUUAUAGCUUUCUCCAGUUAUAAUCCAAGAAAUAACAAUUGUCAGAGGGACGCAAUCAUUGUGGCAUUAACAAAUUGGUUUACCGCUAUAUUUUCUUCAACUGUAAUAUUUUCAGUUCUUGGGUUUAAAGCAACGCUAAUGUUUGAAACUUGUCAGGACAGAAAUAUAAACCAGUUACUUCAAAUGUACCCCACUCUGAACUCCAGCGAACUUACUAGAGAAGUAUAUCUACAAGAAUACCAGACAAAUUCCUCCAUAAAGAAUUUAUUAUUUAAUGAAACAUUGAUGGGAAAACAAUUCUGGUACUGUGAUUUAAAAGAUGAUCUCAAUAAGGCAGCAGAAGGAACGGGUCUUGCAUUUGUUGUGUUCACUCAGGCCAUUGUCGAAUUUGGUCCAUCAGCUCCAUUCUGGUCGAUUAUUUUCUUUUUGAUGCUCCUGUCACUGGGUAUCGGCAGUGAGUUUGGGACGUUGGAAGGUGUCACAACAUCUAUCUAUGACAUACAAGGUGUACCGAUACUUCAAAAGAAAUGGUUGGUCUCAGGAAUAUUAUGUUUAGUGAGUUGUUGCAUUGGAGUUAUUUUUGUACUUGGAAGCGGUUCCUACUGGGUUGCCUUGUUUGAUUCCUAUGCAGGUUCAUUUCCAUUAAUUACAGUUGCCUUAUUUGAAAGUAUUUCUAUAGGAUGGGUUUAUGGAGUAGACAGGUUUGCAGAUGAUGUUAGACAGAUGAUUGGAUCUCCCAUCAGUCGAUAUUGGAAGAUAACGUGGAAAUUUGUGGCUCCUUUUAUGAUAGCUGGAUUGUUGUUGGCUACAUUUAUCAGUAAAAUUGUAAAUCCAAUUACAUACACUGUUUAUGACAAGUCAGAGGCUUCAACCAAAGAUAGUCCAUAUCCCUGGUUUGCUGGCAUGAUAGCGUCUAUUCUUGUAUUAAGUUCUGUCCUUUGUAUUCCUGGCAAUGCAUUGUUGCGUAAAUUUGGAAUAUUGAAAAUGAGUUAUUCCAAGAAAGUACAAGCUGAUAUGCAUGGUGUGACAAGUUCAACUGUAGCAUUUUCUAGGACAGGGGAUGACGAAGAGGACAGUGAUUCAGGUCAUAAUUCAGAGGAACUAGUUACUGCGCCUUUUCUAGAAAAUAAAGACACAAGUUGUGCUAUAGAAGAAGAAGAAGAUAAUGUAAAACUUUAAGAAUAAUUCUUCACCUUAAGUCAAUUGUAUAUUCAGCUGUUGUUAUAACUUAUCACUUUUCAAGAGAUAUAUUUAAAGUUUCCUAUGGAAGUCGAGAGUUUUAGUCAAAAGUUACUGGAAGCAUUUAUGCUACCGAGAUUAUUUUACAUAAAGGCAGCAUUUCAUUGAAUAUUUGACUUUUAGCUGUAUAUUAGUUAAGGUAGGAAAGGUGUUUUGCACAUUAAAGAAUCCUUUAGAAGUCACAAAACUAAUGCAAAAUGAAAGUACAAAAAAAGAGGGGGAGAUAUUUUAAACCAAAUAUCAAUCAAAAACUUACAAAAAGAAAAGGCAAACAAGCAUUGGUCUUCAAAAGACUACACAGAAAACUUAAGAUUGAGCAACAAAGAACACCACCAAUAACUGCACAUGAACGGUGAUAUAUCCUUCAUUUUUCUAGUAAAACGUUGUUUACCCAGUUUACAGUGUUGAUCUACCAAUGUUUCAAAAUCCUCAAAUAAACUGAUAAAGAUGUCCAAACUGAGUUUAAAAAAAUAUUCAUUUGGGUAUAAAUUUAUCAUAUUAAAGAAAGUAAUUGUUCAACCAGGAGUACAGCAAUCCAUUGUUAAAUGUUUUACUUUUAUACAUGUAUCUGCACCUUUAUUGAUAGUUCCUUUACUAAUACACAAAUUCUAUAAAAAUGCCUGUUGAGGAAAGUUUGACCAUGGAUAAUGGUUAAACCUGCAUUUAGAAUUUUUAAAUAAACAGACUACUAGUAUACAAAACAUGAAAUUAAAGAUGUCCAAAAAGAAGUAAUGAAAUACUUAGAAAGUUUUCACAGUAUGUUUUCACAUUAUUUAUGAAUAAAUUAAUACAAUCUGCCAAAUCAUUAAUUUUAAUACUGAUAAAUUUUGUAGAUAGUAAAACUUUAUGAUAAAUAAAAACUCCAAGCAGCAAUAUGAAUUCGAAAAAGCCACUUAACUGCAAAUAAAAACAACUUUAAUAGUUCACUUGUUGAUGUCACCGACGCUUAAUUUAAUCUUGUCAGCACAUCCGAAGACUGCCGAGAAGUGAUACCACUUAAAUGGGGAGGUGAGAAAGUGUUUAUUCAUUGAAAUAUUCAUAUGAUGUAAGCUUACGUUAUCACAUCAUCCAUAACUGUGCAUGUGUAAUUAAAUCUCCGAACAUCUUCAAGGCAGAGGUCAUUUGUCUACGACUACCCGCUUGUUGAAUUAUUAUACCGUUCGACAAUAUUUCUGAUGAAGACUUUGUUCUCAUAAUGUUUAAAAGAAGAGGGAUUUCGAUUGAUUAUUUUUUUUUCAUUCGGAUGCGAAACGGCAACAAAAUUUACUGCAGCUUGUAUUAGUUUAAUGUAGUCCUAUAUCAAAUGAUAUAGUUAAACUAAACGUUUUCAUUAUUUUUUAAUCUAGGUAAAAAACCUUUUCAUUGCUCUCGUAACUUCCAAAGUCUUUUGAAUUUUAUAACUUCUAGUACUACUACUUCAUUAUUUAUAUUUUCUUUAUCUUUAAAAUCAUAUCAACACAUUUUUUAGAUUUGAGAUUUGAAUUUGCUUUCUUAUACCCUUUUGAAAAAUAGUAUAACAUUUAUGAUGUGUUUUGGUUUAUGCCAACAUUAUGGUUGUGAAACUCAUAUUGAGCCAGUAAAAACAUGAUCUUGAACAUGGACUUACUUUAUUUGUACUUUUAUCAAAGACAUUUUCUAAAACAUUCUAUAAGGAAGAGCCGCUAUUGCGCACAAGGACAUGUAUCAUGUAUGUUUUAAGUUGAAAAGUUGAAAUUUUCAAAGCAGUUUUAAUGAAAAUUAUGCGGCGUGUACAUAAAAAAUACAAAAUAUAUACAAGAAAUUCUUCUAGGACAAUGAACUUUGGGGAAAACGUAUAUGUUUUAUUCCUCCCCCUGUGAAUCUUAAACAUGCAUGUAAUCAAUUUCAUCAGAAUUUGAAGAAAUAAUAAAUUUAAUAAACUGAUGUUUAGAAAAUACACAGGAUAAAGAUAAGACUGUUUGAUAAACAUACUUUUUUUCACGAUUAAUGUGCAUAAUGGAGUAACACAGACAAUCAACAUUACAAUUUACAUAUACAUGUAGCUUUACAUCAACAAAAGACUAAGAAUAUACGAAAGAAAAAUUACAGUUGUCUUUCCUCUUGUACAAAAUCGUGUAAAUGGCUUAGGAUUAAAAUUCUAAUGUAUAUAGAUAACAGAUAAGAUAACGAAAGUCAUGUAUCAAGAAUUCUACAAUAAGUGGUACAUAAAAUCAGACUUUUGUUUUGAUUAUAUAAUGAUAACUUGCAUAAUGUGUAGCAUGUUUAUUAAAUAUCAAUAGUAAAGAUCUGACGUCAAAAGGCAAAAACUAUCUAUUUUUACAAAAGCCUAUGUAUAAAAUUACCAUCAAGGUCCAAUAUGCAUAUUUGCAAAUCUUUAUGAUAUUAUAGUGACUUUAGAAGAGACAUUUCUUCACUAAAGUGUCCAUAUUUUAUCUUUUUGUUAACCUAUUAAUAAUAAAAUUAUGAUCAAGGCUAAAAUAAGUUAACUUUUUUUUAGUUUCAGCUAUCCUUGACAUGCAACAUUACGUUGUUACAUUUAUUUUGAAUAAAUUCAAUUUAUUUUCUGUUUCAUCAAAAUGUUUUGCAUUGUAAAGUAGUACACUUUAUCAUGAUUUGAUUUAUGUAUUUUACCGCAUUCAUAAUUGUCUUUAUUUAGUUUAUAAUAUUACUGUACUAGUAUUAAAAAAAAACCCUUUUUUACAGACUAAUACUUGUAAUUUUAGUUAAGUAAGAUGUUUUUGGAAGUUAUUUAAAUCGACAUUUUAUAAUUUAAUUAAAGCAUAUAUUUGUUUUCAUUCUACCUGUGCAAUAAAUUGAACUUAGUUUUACAAUUCGCUGCAUAAGUAAAUAUUUUCAAAUGCUUGUUUAUUCCACUGCACCACGUUUUUUAAUACUCAAAACCAAAAUUUUUAGUUUCCAGAAAUUUCUGUACAAAUAGUUUCUUAAUUAGGUCAUAGUAUGUGUUAAUUUUUACUUAUUGAUUAUUUUAUUAUUUAUAUCAUUGAUUGAAAAUUUUACUUAAAUAAUUGUUAAUUAAUUAUUUGUAAUUUGUUUUUGUUGACUACUCUUCUAUUUCAUCUAUUUGAUGUUACUCAAAUUACAUUAAUCUCUUGCAUUUCGUAGUUUCACAAAUUUGAUUAUAUUUAUUAAAAAUAUUCGUUGAUUACAUACAUUUAGUCUCAGAACGUAUCUGUCCACAGUAAUAUUCAAACAUAGAAUUUAUCUACAUUUGGAAAUCAAGCUGAAAAAGUUUAAUGCAUUAAUGCAAAAAAAGAUAAUCAGUUGUUUUAAUUUUAGACUCGGGUAGUAUUAAAAAAACGAAUUGAUUAAAGCCAUAAUCACUGUUCAUGUACAUCGAGUGCCAAUAAUUGUGGUUGUAGAAAGUAUGGAAACAGUUGCAUAUCCACUUAUUCAUAAAUUACAAUAUGAUUAUUUUCAUAAUCAUGAAGAAGACUCUGUAUUUAUUCUAUAGAUUUUUUAAUCGAGAUUCUCCUGUCAAUAUGAUAGGGACAUUUGAGUAAGUUUGCUCUUUCCAAAUCCUUGCUUGAAUCAGUUUUAACUCAUUCUUUUUUGAUACCAAGAUGAAAGAAAAAAAAAUUUGGUUGCUGUUACAGACUCAUCAUGAAUAAAAGUGCUGUUCCUUUGUCCUUGUAUUUCAUGAUAUUUUUGGCUUUGUAUGUCCAUCCCACUUUGUUUGGUUUUGAUUUUUUUUAGCAAAGGCAGGCAAUUCUUCAAAUAUUUUUUAUUUACAUUCAAUUAGGAAUAGAUCUUAGCUUUACAUUAAAUGUUUGGAAACUGAAAGUGUCAGAGAAAUGUUUUGUUGGGAUUAUAGUCUGAAUAGGUUUGGUAACCUGAACCAAUAAUACUAUAUAUUGUGUUUGGGUUUAGUAGAAUAUACUAUUUAUUGAGAAAUAAUGAUUAAACCUUAAAUAAUAUGUCAACUAUUAUUUAGUUAUUAUACGUGUAUUUUUUCUGCUUGAUGCAUAAUAGGUGUGUUGUUUGCAAUGAUUUUAUUGUUUUGUCUGUGAGUUUAUUUAUGUAUAUUCAGCUUUGAGAUAAGACAUUUAUUAUAAUAUACAUCCAACAUGAAGGAAGUUAUUAUUUAAAAAAAAACGAGUCCAGUCUUGGACAACACGGUAUCACUUUGAUUUUUGUAUACUUUCAACAUUGAUGUGAUAUUCCUUUAUUUUUCAUAUUUUCACGGAUAUCAUACACUAUUUGAAGCUUAUGCAUUUGUUUCCAAUGGGGGCAUUAGGAAAAGAUAAAUUUUCCAUAACGUUACAAAUGGAGAAUAAAACUAUUGAUUUUACCACUUUGAAGAAAGUUAGAUUUAGAACAAAUAUUUGCUUUAAUUUGACAUGUGUGGUGGUCCUUCAUUUCUUUCCAUUUAUUUUUAGGCCAUUGUAUGUUUUGUCUUUCAUUCUCUAUUCUUUAUAUUUUAGCACCUCUUUAUCUCUAUUCUCAAUUUAUUUGUCCGAUUUUUCUUUAUUCUUUAUUUUUGGACCAUUAUUCCGUAGUAUUGUUCCAUUAUUCUCUUUUCUGGAAGCCCCAUACAGACCAUCAUGCAUAAUGAUUGAGUAGUUUUAAUUUGUUGGUUUAUUGUUUUAAAUUCUAAAUAUGUUAGUACAAUGUUAAGACGUACUUUUCAUGUAAUGUUACGGUCAUGUCACUUUGUACCUGUAAAAAGUGAAACUCCUUAGAAAUGUAGACCCUGUUUUUUAUUGUAAUUAUUUGGGCAUUCCGGGAUGAUUCUUCAACUCCGUAGUCGACAUUGGUGUUGCAUUUGAAGGUUAAAGUGGUAAUUUUAUUGGUUUAGAAUCAUAAUCAGAUGUUCAUCACAAAUUAAAAUCAUUCCAUGGAUGAUAAUUUUGUAAAACACUAUUUUGACGAAAUGUUUUCGGAUUUUAUAAAUUUCAUAUAUGAAAAAAGAUUAAAAGUGUGACUUAAUUUGAAAUACGGGUGUGUGAGUUUUUCAUCACAGUGUGUUUAUGAUCGAUAAGAAAGUGUAUAUAAUGUGUAAACAUUUAAGAGCAUAAAAGAUGAGAGUGAGGGAGAGAGAGAGAGAGAGAUUUAAUAUUCCUUCCUCUUGUAAAUAGAUUAAAUGAGAAAACUGGCCAGAGCAUAUUUUAAGGUCUCUCGCCGGGAAAUCUUCUAAUGACAAUUUAGACGAUCUGCCAAGUAAAUUUUUCUAGUGUCAUUUUGUUUUGUUAUUGUUUUUUCUUUAUGAAAUGUAUAUCAUAAUUGCAUUUACUUUUGAUAAAAAUUAACGUAAGAAACAUUUGAGAAAGUUGAAAUACCAGAGUAUCUAUGCAUUUCUUAUAUUGUACUUUUGUAUAUAUGAGAAACAACACAAUAAUAUGGAAAUAAGAACUAUGUGUAGUUCAGACCACAUUUUACCUGUGUCAGCAUUUUAUCCAUAUUUCUACAAUGGACAAUCAACUAUUUUCAUUGUUGUUUUGCAUUUAGGCAGUAUGAGAUAACAAAUCAAAUGGAAUUCGUUUUUAAAAUGACAUUUUAAAUUUUAUUAAUACCUAUCUGAAAAUAUGCUAAAGUUAAGUUUCAACUACACGUAUUCCAUAAGGAUAGUAACAGCUUUGGCGUUGGUUUUUACCUAUGGUCAUUUGUUACAGUAAUAUGUUAUUAAUGCCAAUGAACACUAUGUUUGUCAAUAAUGGAUGCAGUCUAAGCUUGCAGUUAUCUAUUAUUUAACAUGCAAAACACUGUAUUAAUAUUAUCAUUUGCUUGUAUUUGCCGAUGGGAUUUUUUUCAAAACAAUUUUACACAUUUUACCUAAGUGCUGGAGAACUCUGUUGUCGUUACAUUAUACUUGACAGUUCUAACAGCAACUUCAAAAGAGUGCUAAUUUUGUAAAUACUUUUUGUCAUUGUUACUGCAUUUCAAGUUGUUAAAAGUGUGUGAAUAAAGGGUAUGAACUAUA